CUGUCGCGAGAAAUUGACGUGUGUACAACACUACAUCUUACAAACUAAUAAACUAAUUUGUGAUAUAUUAAUAGUGUCUAUUUCAACUUUUACUUUCUUAAAACUAACUUUUCGAGCGAAAAGUUUGCUUUUUAUCGAACAGUGGCCUUCCAAAAGUUUCUUUAACAGAAAAGUGUUUUUAAAAUUUGUGCUUUACAGGAUUUUGUUGCGUGCUUUUAACGGAUCGAUCGGUUCUCGUGGCGGAAUCCAGUUUGGUUGGUGUGACAGUCAAGCUGAUCAAAUAUAGACAAAGAUAUUCAACAAUGACAUAGGGGUCCUAACAAAAUGGCGUUGCGACUCAAGAAGGACAUAAAGAAAGCGUCGUACUACGUGUGGUUCCUCGGGGCUCAGGAGUCACGCGGCCUAAGGGGCGAGGAAUUCGCCUUACCCGCCAUACGGUUGCUGGAGGAGAGGGCGAGAGACUUGGAACCUUUUAAGGUUACACUACAGGUAUCCCACAAAGGUCUCAAGAUCAUACAAAAUGUGACAUCCAAAGGCAAGCAGCAAACGAUCAAGCACUUCAUCCCUCACGGCAGCAUCACAAGCGCUGUGGUGCAAGGGGACGUCGUUGCGUGCGUUCUUCUGCUCUACAACCCGAUCACUGGCUGCCCCGUUCACGUACACGCGUACAGAUGCGACUCAGACACCACCGCAGAGAUGCUAUUUACGCACCUCCAAGCGCUAAUCGAACGGCCAGAAAAUCAGAAGAAGUUCGCCGACAUCGAGAGAAAACUGCAAAUGAGAGGAGCUCUCCCUUCAAAGAAACCCCCAGAUUCGUCCCUAGGCAGCGAAGUGUCCAGGGAAUCCGACUCGGGUAGCAAUGAAGACAGAAAUGUCGCCAAUCUCUACGAUAGCUUGGCUGCAGAGUUAAAGCAGAAGUUGUCUACAGGUAAAAAGGGUCUAGGCAAAAGUCCAAUACUUCUACCCCCACGUGACUACGACACAGUGCACCGCCAAAAGGGGAAUCUCAGCAACAUAGACACUAGAAGAUGCCUCAACCAGAACAUAGUUGGAAUUAAUGCACGCCGCAAGCUCGAGUCUUCGGGAGGAAGUUCUGGUAUCGGAAGCGAUCUGGCGCCUUCACCAGAACGCAACGAGUACCCAAGACAUGACAACCAUAGCACAAGUGAGGAAGACUGGGCCGAGAGCACCGCUUACUUGAUGCACGAAGCUUUCGACGCUUCACCACCUCGUCGAGCCCCCUCUCCCCGUCGCGUCCCCUCCCCCCGCCGCGUACCCUCCCCGCGUCGCUUAUCACCUCCGCGUCGCACUCUCUCACCGCGCAACUUCGACAGAACUCCUUACAACGAUGAUUACAAUGAUCAAUACCGAGACCAACUGGCCCCCUUCCGUGAUCAAGCUACAUUUGAACGUCGCUUCCGUCACGAAUCCCUCGAACGCCCCAAAGAGAAGUUUACAAGCCCUGUCGAUAAAACCGAUAAGUUCGAUGAUGAUACGCCAAGCUACAGGAGGCGAUACAUGGCUGAAACUAAACCAUCAAGCCGGAACAUUGAGCGAACUGAAGAUCGAAGGUAUGGGAAGCUCCAGAGAGGUGCCAGCGAAGGCAGCCUCAAAGUCUCCGACACCUCGCCCAAAGAACGCUUUAAUGUUGCCAAGGAGAAGUUCAUGAACCUGGAACGAGAGCGGUUCAACCGGGAACUUGAAGCUCAUAUGGCAAUCCGAAGAAGUAUGCUAGAAAGGAAUAGUCGUUCGACUUCUUCCCCGGAAGAGGAAAGAAGAGAUGAGCGUCCGGAACGUCAAAGAGAAUUGGGCUCUCGUCGAGAAAACGACCGUUCUCAUCGAGAUUUGGAACGUUCUCACAGGGACCCAGACCGACGUAAAGAAGAUAGAGUUCGCGACUUAGGCGCUGCAGAUUUAGGGCACAGGGAAAUAGAAAGACUUCCAAGGGUUGGCCGGAAGCGGGAUGAUCUAAAGAGAUACGAAUACGGAACAGAGGACUAUUUGAACAGGAUCGAGCCAAAGGAACAUAGGGAGGACUUCGAUCGAUACAGAGAACGGAGAGAAUUAGAUCGUCGCAUUGAAGAAGACGAAAUAAUUGAGCCAGUAAUAGACGAUAGGAGGAGAGAUUGGAAUGAUAGGCAAAAGGCAUUCAGCCGUUCUCGUUUGUUAGACGAACAACGGCAGUCAUACGCUGAAGGCGAUAGGGAUAGGUUUUUCGAAAGGGACUAUAGAGAUUUCCGUGACCUGGCGGAGAGGCAACCGGCGAAAUUCCGGCACAGUUAUGCCGAACCGAUACCCAGAGGUCGCCUUGGUACUGUGAGACCUUAUUAAGAACGCCAUAAUAGAUUUUUAGAUUCUUCACCUGUUUAAAUUUUUACGGACUCUAAAAAUAAAUGAUGCAACUUUGUAUUACGAGCAAUACCUACGUACUUAAUCGUAAUCGUAAGUUCUUCUUUUACUUUGGAAACCAACUUUAGAAAUUGUACGAUGUGCAUAAAUCUAUAAUUCAAAGUUGUAACAUGUUUAUAGAGUUUUUUUAAUGACGAUGAUUACGAUGUAAUCAAAAAUCGUUGCGUAUGGGUAUUGAUAUUCUUACUAACAUAUUUUGUUGUCAUUUUUUAUUUUUUGUAUAUGUCGCAAUGUACCUAUAAUAUUAUAAACCAACGAUACUGUUAUACAUAUAAAAUAGUAUGUAUUUUUACAAAAGAUAAUAAAAUGUAAAUAACAAAACUUACUUAUAUACGAACAAAGUUAGGUUAUAUACCUUACUAUUUUAUUAUACCCCAAUAAUAUUUCAUAAGGCAAGCUUCUAUGAGAUAAUUAUACUGUAUUACAAAGAACAAGUAGUUCUUUUUGAAUUGAGAAUCUAUAACAAUAUAUUUAUUAAGUAAGAUAAACUCUUUUGUUACAUAAGCAAUUAGUUUCUUUACAGCAUCGACUAUUUUAUUGGGAAAAAAAUUGCGUUCCAACUAUUAUAAAACAUUCUAAAAGAUUAUUAUUUCGUGGGUUUUAUACAUAUUUUGAAGAUACACAAUUCAAAACAUAUAACCCCUGGAAUUCCCGAUAUCUCUUCUUCUUAUACCAAACCCCAUUUAUCAAAUCAUUAUUUGUUGUUAUUGCUAUGUAUAAAACUUAUUCACGCCAUAUGAACAUUAAAUAAUCGGCUUUAUAUUCUAAGCGAUUGUAAAGGAGACGUGAGACUUGUAGAGAAUCAUUUACGAUUAUAUAUUAAAGAUAAAUACUCAUUAAGUGUCACAGAAAUAUAUUUGUAAAUAUAAAUUAUAAUAACCUUAGCCGGCAUAACAUAUAUUAAGUUAUACAUUAUUAUACAACAGAUUAAAAAAUCUCACAUUGUUAUACUUGCACGAAUUUUAUACUAAAAAAAAUUAUUAGCAUACUUAAUUUACAUUUUUCUUAAAAUAUAAAUUUCAAUGUAAGCGAAUUUUUUUUAAAGAAAGUGUAACACUGUGAGAACCUUUACUUCUCUUUCUUUCGGAUGAAAGAAAGCUAACUUAGCACUAGUGGUUCAAUAAAUCUACCUUUAACUAUUUUAAGCCUUCAAAGACAACAAUAAAUAUUCUAAAAUAUAUAUAUUUUAUAUAGAAAUAUUCAUAAAAAUCUAGGUAUUCAACAGGAAAUGUAGAUACUUUUUGGUACCCAUUGGGAACACUAUGACAGCAAAACCGUGAAUGCAGUAUCCGGUUACGUUACUGCUUACAUAAGCCGAUUGCUUUUACACUAAAACACAAGUUUUAAAAUGCUUUCUAUUAAAUUAAAAUCUUUAUGUUUCGAACCAUUUCGGGCGCCGGGAUAAAUCCCUUAACUAAGGAAUUUAGAAUAACUCCCGAGUGUAACGAGGUGGAACGAACGUGUCUAGAAUCUUGAGUGUAGUGAAGAGUUAAGGGGCGCCCAAGACUGCCACUAGAUAAUAAGUAGGAACUGUAUUUUCUUUUUAGCUAGUAGUGUAAAAAAUGUUUUUGCUUCUUUUUUUUUUUGUUUCUGCUUACUACCAAACUUUUCGGUAAAGGAUCGAAGUCAAGUGGACACAUAUUUUGUAUAUUUUAUCCUACAAUUUAGCUGCAUCUGCACAUAAACUGUAGGAUAAAAAACCUCCUUACAGCUAGUUCCGGUUGCCGUGUUCUUUUUCCGGUUGAAAAAGUAUCUAUGUCACCGUAGGGUUGUCUAACUCAUUAUCAACUAGUGCUAAGUUAGCCUACAAUUGUUAAAGUUCUUAAAAGGAUUAUCUGUUUAUUCCAAGAUAUUGUAUAGUAUGGUUGGUUAAUUAAACAAAGCCUAUGUUACGAAACAAUAAAUGCGAUAAUAGCAAUCCUUGCGAUAAAAUAACUCUCAUACUAUUUAACAAAUAGUACUAGGCAAGCAGCAUUACGAGGAAAGCAAACAGUCAGGCACCUUAUCGGUGUUGUACCAAAAUAAUCGUUUAAACCAUUUUGAAAAAGAGCAUAAUUUCCAAAAAAAAUGUUACUAUGAGAACGUGAUUAAUAAUGACGGAUUUAACUACCUUUUGUAUUUUUCAACUUUCUCUGUCAUCUAAUCGCUCGUUGCAGUCUGGACAAAAUAAAUGUUGACACAGACAAAAUGAAGAUUGUCUAUGAAAUUAAAUAUACAAGUUCACCGCUCUUGUCGGUGAUAGGCUAACGGUUAAAACUUCGGCCUCCGGUUCAGGAAGAGCAAGUUCGAUCACCGGCAAGCACCUCUAACUUUUCGGAGGUUAAUGCGUUAUAAGCAAUGAAAUAUCAAAAAAAAUAAGAGGUUUCAGCAUUACUAUCCCAAUUCUGUCCUACUAAAGGGCACGCGGGUCUCCUCUCAGGACCUAGGCCGUAGUUCACCAUGUGUGGAUUGAAGACUUCACAAUCCUUUGAAUAGAAACAUUAUGAAGAACUUUCAGGCAUACUUCGCUCAUGAUCUUUGCCUCCACCGUUAAAGGAAAUGAUAUUUAAUAACUUAAAACGCACUUUAUGACUCCUAUAAGCUAGAGGUGUCUACUGGUGAUAGAAAUCAGUCCUGCCCCAAAGACAGUAGACAAUCAUUGCUUGUAUUAAGUUAUCAUCGCCUAUUUGCUAAAGGGUGUGGUUGCCGGUGUACUUAAAGGCACAAUGUGACAUCAAGUUGAUGGAGACAUGGUGGCACGUUGUUGAAAUGCAUGCACAGUGAAGUUUUGCUCUGUUUAUAGUCUAGGUUUUCCAAUUCCCAUCAAUCAAAGAAGGCCGAUUGGCGCAGUUUGCAGCGACCCUGCUUUCUGAGCCCAAGGCCGUGGGUUCGAUUCCAUUACCACUACUGGAAAAUGUUUGUGUGAUGAGCAUGAAUGUUGACGUAU